CGACACCGGUUGAAAUUCUGUGCAAAGAGGAAUGACAAGAAUUUCAUGUAAAUAAACGACAAAAUAUGCUCUUUUGAGAUGAAAGAUGCCACACUGGCGCCCCGGUUGUCUUCGCGGAUCAGUAUAUGAGACGGAUACGAUACAGUAUCGUCCAGCAACUAAUGGAUAUCAAGGGCCAGCUAAUGAAGACAGCUUUCGAGAUGAAACAAGGGGAACCACUCUGGUUGACUUGCAUAAAAUUGAAGGUUCAGGACUUGGUCUUAUUUUAGCAGGUGGAGUAGACAAACAUGUUCGUGCACACAUUUCCAACUUAAGACCAGGUGGUGUAGCUCACAGGUCAGACCUGUUGCAAGUGGGUGAUGUCCUGUUAUCUGUGAAUGGUAUCAAGACAACCAACAUGAAACAUGAUGAAAUUAUAAACCUGUUGAAGAAUGCAGAUGAAAGUGUGAGACUGGAAGUGGAGUAUGAACUGCCUGAACUAGUUCCAGCUGAUGCAUUUUCUGUGUGUUGUAAGCAACAUACAAUCACUCUGUGUCCAGACAACGCUAGUUUUGGGUUCACUCUGAGAGGCGGUAUGUGUCAGAACCGACUUAAGUCUCGUCCUUUAACAGUAACACAGAUCAGACCAGGUGGUCCUGCAGACAGGGAAGGCUCUAUGAGAGCAGGGGAUCGUAUACUAGCUGUGAAUGAUUUUAGUAUAGUGACCUUGACCCUGACUGAAAUGAAUAUGCUGUUAACUCAGUGUAAUGAAGAAACAACAGUCACAGUGGAGUAUGAUGUGUCUGUCAUAGAUGCAGUACAGAAAGCGAGUGGUCCAUUGUUGAUAGAGAUAGACAAAACCCCAGGUGCUGCUCUUGGUAUAACCCUGUCUCACGGUCGACAUAAAGGAAAACACUGUGUCUGUAUAGACAGUAUACGAUCCAUGAGCAUGGCAGAUCGAUGUGGAGCAUUACAUGUUGGUGAUCUCAUCUUGUCAAUAGAUGGUGCAACUGUAGAACACAUGACAGUUGCCGAGGCAAUGCAGCUCUUGAAGUCGUCACAUGGCGACCAAAUCAAAAUGGAGAUUUUACCUUCGAGAUUAGUAGAUCAGAAAAUGUCAACAGACACAAUUUUUCUAAAUGCUGGCUUCCAGAAGAACAGUAUCCUGCCUUCUAUAUCGUCUCCCGUCCUUAACAACCCCUCUCUCUUCAAUGGUAUGGGAUCGUGUAAGAGUUACAGUACGCUGGGAUUUUCCGGACGUCUGUCUAGUGACAUGCUCAGUAAGAAAAGGAAAUCCUGGAUGAAGUCUGAUAAGAGAAUUGGAUCUUGUGCCUCCAUUGGGUCAACAUCUACCUCAGUAUUUACUGCCAGUAAUCAAAUCUGCCGUAUGGAUAUACAUGAGGUGGUACUAUAUGGAGAGAGGGCAGGACUAGGGCUGGUCCUUGAAGCAAAUGUCCCACCUAAUUGUAUACUGCAAGACCCACCAGUUGUAAUGAGAUUAGAGCCACACACAGCAGCAGAAAGGUGUGGUGUAAUACUUGAAGGUGAUAGAUUACUCACCGUUAAUGGUGUAGACGUCUGUGAGAAAACCUUUGAUGAAGUGAAUUUAAUGUUACAAGAAUCUUGGCAACAUGUCAAGCUUGAGGUGGAGUUUGAUAUCGCAGAUGCAGUUAUGGCCAGUAGUGGAACAUUUGUGGUGAAAUUACCUCGGAAACCAGGUGGGAUUGGAAUUACUUUGAGUGCCAAAAGCAAACUUGGAAAUCCAUUACUCAUCACUGAGGUGAAGAAAGGAAGUGUGGCUUACAGAUGUGGUUCAGUACAGCCAGGUGACAAAUUACUAUCUAUAAAUGAUAUCCGGACAAACAACCUCAGUAUGGAUGAAGCAGUAUCAUUAUUGAAGGCAGAGGAAGAGAUUAUAAAACUGAAGUUGAAGAGAGAGGACCACUGUAUUGAUGUGAAUGGAGAAGAGUUGAUAUCAUACACAGUUGAGUUGGAGAGACAUGGGGGUCCUUUAGGGGUCACUAUAUCAGGGACAGAUGACCCUGCUGACCCUAUAGUAAUUUCGGCUCUCGCAGAGGGAGGUCUGGCUGCAAAGACUGGUGCUAUACAAACAGGGGAUCGACUUCUUGCCAUUAACAGUGUUCCCACUGUGGGUAAAACUCUUGAGGAGGCAAAGAACAUGCUUCACUCUGCUGGGGAUCUAGUCACUCUGAAAAUCGCUCGUAAGGACAAACCAAAGACCGAGAUUAACCAAAGUAACAACAGCAGCAAAACAAAUGCAUUAAGGGAAGAGUCUUGUAAAUCCACAACACCAGUGUUCAGUGUUGACAGUGCUCUCGAUUCUUGGGAUAGUUCCGGUCAGGAUAUUAACGCUUUAUCCCACCAAGGACAGUGUAACGCUGUUCUUAAACCUCGACCAGAUAGUGCCUCAGUGCCAAAGUCAAGAGAAAACAGACAUAGAAGGUCUCGUCCAUAUUCUUCUGAUUCUACAGACACCGGAGAUGAUUUUGGUAAAAAACUGUCGGAAUUGCAGAUUUCUGAUGAAGCGUUGGAAGGAGACCAUGAGAGCAGUCGUAGUGAUGAUUCUAGUCCAGGUGGUGCAGAUGAUUGGUCAAAAGCUUUUAAAAACUUUAAGGCACAAGCUGAAGUUAUUGAGCAAAUCCCAUCUCCAGAUAAACAACAUAGUACGGGUAGUUUAGAUAGACGAUCAUUACGCAAUAAUAGUGCAAAGAAAGAACGGCAAAAAGUACGCAGAAACUGGUCACAUAGUACAAGUCGUGGUGCUAUAAGUCAAAACGAUUUAAUGCCGUACGUUGUCGAUCGUAGGCAGAGACGCUGUGCUAGCAGUGCAAGUGCUCGUGAUCUGGAUAAUAUGCCUUUAAAAGAUCAGUUAAAAACAGUGUUCUCGCCACAGCCCAUUCAGCUUCACAGGGUCACAUUAGUGAAGGAAUCUCCUACAGACGAUUUUGGGUUUGGGGUCUCUGAUGGAGUGUAUGAUAAAGGAGUUUAUAUAAGUGCAAUUCGCCCUGGCUCUGUUGCAGAGAGCAUGGGGCUUAAACAGUUUGACAGAAUAUUACAGAUAAAUAAAGUGAGGACAAGAGAUUUUGACUGCAGUUUAGCCAUUCCUUUGAUAGCUGAUGCAGGAGAAAGUCUUGAUAUUGUAGUGUGUAGAAAUCCAUUGACUCAAAAUAAAACUGCCCUCAAGGAACCUCAGAGACGCAAACCCCCACCAGAACCCCUAGUUGAUAGCAAGUCGUCUGACCAAGAUUUCCAAUCAGCUGAUAGUAUUCCAGUGUAUAUGAAUGUAUAUAAUUUAGAUACACCUAUAGCAAGAAGUGAAAAGUCAAGUAAAACUGUGUGAUGACUAUAGACUCAUAAGAAUCGGUUACUAAGUUUUCAUUGUUUAUCAAUGUAGACGGGACCUUGUUACCUGUCAGGCCAUAAAAACAUAAUUUCUAGUUUAUCAUUUUUUAUUCGUUGACCAAAAUUUUUCCACUUAUUCCCACCAAGAAAUUUCCCAGCAGUUUCAUCUUUCAGAUAUAUACAUGAAUGAGGCAUGCGAAUACUGUACAUACAAGUGUAAUAUUUACACACUCUUGUAGGGCAUUUCCUGUGUAAACUGUCUUCAUGACAUAGUUUUUUUUGUAUUGUGUAAAGUUUUAUGUAUUAUGUAGUAACAUGUUAGUGAAAGAGAUUAUUAAAUCAUGUUGUAAUUUA